AUGCCACGGUCGCUCCCAGCCGCCGCCGCCGUGGCCGCCACCCGCCGCCUCCUAUGCACCACAAUCACCGACGCGACCCCCUCCCCAGCCCACCUCCUCGCUCUGCCGCCCGUCGCGCCGUCACCCACCGCCGACGAGCUCGCGCGCCUGCUCCUCGCUCACCACAACCCCUUCCACCCAUCCGAGUCGCCGCUCCAGCUCCUCUCCGGCGGGGGCGUGUCCCUCUCCCAAGACCUCCUCGUGCAGAUCCUCCUCCGCCUCCGCGGGGCAUCCAAGCUCGCGCUCUCACUCCUCACCGCCGCCCGCCUCCACCCCUCCGUCUCGUCCCCGCCGAACGCCGACGCCUACGACGCCGUCGUCGACGCUCUCGGCCGGGCGCACCAGUUCGACGCCGCGUGGCGGCUCGUCGUCGAGGCCGCCGCCGACGGCGCCGCCACGCCCCGCACCUUCGCGGUGCUUGCGAGGAGGUACGUCGCCGCCGGGAUGACGAGGCAGGCAGUGCGCGCAUUCGAUGACAUGGAGGCCUUCGUAGGGAGAGAGCCCGACGCCGGGGAGUUCACCACUCUUCUUGACACGCUCUGCAAAUACAAGUACCCCAAGGUUGCUGCAGAGGUAUUUAAUAAAAGAAAAUAUAAAUAUGAACCAAAUGAAAAGAUGUACACUAUUCUAAUUUAUGGCUGGUGCAAAGUAAACCGAAAUGACAUGUCUCAGAAAUUUCUGAAAGAUAUGAUUGAUCAUGGGAUAGAGCCAAACAUAGUUACAUACAACAUUCUCUUAAAUGGUAUCUGUAGGCAUGCAAGUUUGCACCCUGAUAACCGGUUUGAUAGAACAGUUCAUGCAGCUGAGAAUCUCUUGAAGGAGAUGCAUGACAGGGGAAUUGAACCAGAUGUAACAAGCUACUCAAUCAUCCUGCAUGUUUACAGUCGUGCACAUAAGGCUGAGCUAUGCUUGUGUAUGUUCCGCUCGAUGAAGGAUAGAGGCAUUUGUCCCACGGUGGCGACCUACACUUCUGUGAUUAAGUGCCUUGCUUCGUGUGGGCGACUAAAAGAUGCUGAGAGGUUACUCGAUGAGAUGGCUAGUGAGGGUGUAUGCCCCUCCCCAGCGACCUACAAUUGUUUUUUCAAGGAGUACCGAGGGAGGAAAGACAUCACUGGUGCCCUAGAAUUGUACAAUAAGAUGAAGGCUCCUGGUUCACCAACUACACCAGAUAUUCACAGUUACAAUAUAUUGCUUGGAAUGUUCAUCAAGUUGAACCGACAUGGAACUGUUAUGGAACUUUGGAAUGAUAUGUGCGAAAGCACUGUCGGUCCUGAUCUUGAUUCAUAUACAUUACUGAUCCAUGGUUUAUGUGACAAGGAGAAAUGGAGAGAGGCAUGCCAGUUCUUCAUGGAAAUGAUAGAGAAAGGUUUCCUUCCCCAGAAGAUCACCUUUGAGACACUGUAUCGUGGGCUUAUACAAGCCGACAUGUUAAGGACCUGGAGAAGGCUGAAGAAAAGGGUUGAUGAAGAAGCAGCAAAAUUUGGUGACGAAUACAAAUUGUAUCACAUCAAGCCUUACAAGAGGUGAUUAGUUGUCAUAAAAUAGAUGAUUAUGUUUCUUCAUUUGGUUGGUUCGAGCAGUUGUAAUUAUACUGUCAUAUGUUGCUUGAUUGGAGCAUGGUUGGAAGAUGUAUCCUGCUACAUUCUGGGGUGAACUUUCUGAGCUAAGAAGCACUUGAGGGAACACAUGGCACACUACACUGAUUUGAAUGGAAUUGCGGUUUCUCAUGCAUGUGCUGUCUAUUCAGCGAAUCUCGUAUUAUGAUUCUUUGGUGUUUGGGUGAACUUGAAGGUAAACUUCCUUAUUACUGAUUUCAGAUGUUCAUCCUUAAUUUGGAUUUGUAAUAAACAGCUUUGUUGGACAUAAA